AUACUGGAGUUGGUAUUAAGAAGAAUUAUCAUUUAGCAUGAGCCAGAGCCACCCUCGGAAGUACGAUUUCUUAUUUGACUCGGAGGAAACAAUACAGAAAACGAUGCGAAUGACAAUUUUCACGAAACUGGAAAACGACAAAAUUGGGGAAUGUGGAUUUUCACUACGAGAAUAGAAAAAAAUGACGAAAUGGGAGGCAUGUACACGCGUGAGCUCGGAGAAUUAGACUAUUGGAUUUGUAUAAAAAUGAAAACCUUCGUCAGAGAAAGGCCCGACUGUGUCGAAAGCGAAAAUCAAAUUGUCGACGAAUCGUGGAUGAACGAUGAAAGAAUAUGAAAACUCGAGUGGUACCCGAAUCGAAUCGAAUAUACCAAUCAACAUUGAACAUGGCGAGUUCGACUGGACUGACCCUUAGCGAAUUGGAAAAAGACGUAUACCGGCAGCAUUUUGGUUGGUAGCUGCGAAAUGCGAAAUGCGAAUCUUCCCUCGCAAAAUGCGCGAUAUGGUCAAGAAGUACGAAGGCCAAAUUUUGGAAACGUUACCACCACCGUACCUGACCUACUCAGGCGUCGUUAUUGGAUCCAAAUUAACCGAAUGUCUGCUGGAAAAGUCACGAAUCGUUUCCCAACGCAACACCGGAUCACCGAAAGAAAUUACCUCGUGUUUCACGAACUGUUGGCCGGAUUAGCCGAGGAAGAAGCACCGAAAUUUGGACUAACACUCGUAUUUCUAUCUGAAUCAGGGUGGUGGCUGCGACAUCGACGCGAUGGUACGUCACGAGUAAAUACGAUGGAGAAGACUUCCCAUCUUUGUUGUCUGCUGUGCAAGUGUUGGAAUGCACGUACGACGAACGAGUUUUACGUUAUGGAAACGUGUACUUUCAUCGUGAACAAUUGAAAUGAAACAUGGCCAAGAAGGAGUCAGACACAGAGAUCAGGUGGACUGGAAUUAUCAAGCAAGCUUCAACCACCAAAAUGACGGCAAGAUGUUGAGCUAUUUUCAAUGAAGCACGAAAUGAAAGACCAUUUACAAGUAUACAGCGCUGAAUAUACGAGUUGACCAAUCUUCAGACAUCACCCUACCGGCCACAUAUAUCUAAUAGACGGAAUAUUUAUGACUGUAACAGCUUUUCAGCUAUUCAGCCAUUCCGCUAUUUAUUAGAUAUCUCUCAGAUAUUUGUAAAAGUUGUUAAAAUAUUUCAUUUCAAGUAACGUCUAAUAGUUAGCUAUCAGCCCAAAUUUAAAAUAUCUAUUAGAAACAAAUUUAAGAUAGCUAAAAUAUAUUGUCACCAGGUAUUAAAUAACUAAACAAAAAAUCUACAGCAACUAGAUGUCAAAUAGACAUACAGUAAAUUAGUAUGAAUUUUUGUCUGGUGACAGAUAUACUUUAGCUAUCUAUUUGAUGUCCGAGUUCAUUCAGAUUUAAACCAAUGAACAAAAAAUUAAACAAGAACUUCAGUACACAAAUUUUCGUGAUGGAAGGAAGAACGUGUCGUAUCGGAAAUGAGUAUUUUCGUUAUUUUGUGCUUGAAAGUGGUCGAUUUUUGACUAAAACGCGUCAAAAUCGCAAUAAAUUACAAUAAACGAGUUCUUAAAUCACAUUAUAAUUUGUUUUUUCUUCAAUUUUGCUUUUUAAUAAGAAAAUACAUAUUCUAAAACGCGUUUUUUUUUGUGUAAAUGUGAAGAAAAUUUAAAGUGUUUAAAAAAUAAUAAGUGACAAAGAUUCUAGUAGGUAAUUUAGGUUUAAUCUAAGAAGAAUUCACAAAAAAUAAUGGCAAAAUGAAGUCAGCAGCAUGUUCAUUUUAUCUAUAGUAAGUUGAUAGGUAUUGGUAUUAUAAUAAUUGAAACGAAAGAAACUUAUGAUUGUGAAGUGUACAAAUAAAUUAUGGAGUGUAUAUGAUUAGGUACCUAAUCGUGAAUUUCUUAUUCUAUGUUAAUUAGGUAACUUACUGAUAAGGUGAAUACCCACCUACGAGUAUGCUGCUGACAUCAUUUUGCUAUUAUUUUUCUCUAAUUACACCUGAAUCACUUGAAACUUUGUCACUCAUUAUAAUAUUACCUAUUACUUUUUGAUCACUUCAAGUUUUCUUUAAAUUUAUUCAAAUAAACAAGUUGCACAUUGUUAAAAGUACCUUCAUUUUGCAGGGCGAAUUUCAGUCAUUUUAAUAGCUGAGAAACAUCCAAUAGAUAUCUGUAAAGCAUUAUGGCUACAAGGCAUUGGAGAAUAGAUAUCUAUUCUUUGGCGCAUUGCAGCCAUAAUGCUUUACAGAUAUCUAUUAGCCUUGUAUUUACCAUGUAAUACUACAUAAAAGGUACUUUCCUGUUAUUAAAACAAGGUAAUUUCAGCUAUUCCAGUUAUCCAUUAGCUGUAUCUUUGGCUGAAAAAAAUAUCUAAUAGAUGUCUAUUAGACGUUUGUGGCCGGUAGGGCAGAGAUGUUUUCGUCAAAGCUUUGUAUGGUUCACUUUUUACCUAUUUGGAUGCUCGAAUAUCGUGUAUGAAAGUAGAAAAGAACGUCGAAUAUUUCAAUACUGGAUGUAUUACGAUUUAACGACUUUAAGAGACGAUUACUACGAAGAGUGCGACGGAGACGGGAGAAGAAGCCAUUAAAACUGGAGAAAUUAGGAUUAUCGCAUAGCCGACUCGAUGACAGGUAUCACUCGCAGUCGAUGGAAAGGAUUCAAGAAAUUUCUGCCGAUAUAGACGUCGAAUGAAGUAAAGUGGAAGACGAUAAUUUAGAAUCCGUUAGUCAAUGAGGGGAAAACCGGAAAUACUCGUACAGUUUGACUGGGUAUAAAUAGAGAACCUUUGAACGUAGUAUUGGGUGUAAACAUGGCUAAACAGUCGACUAGAUUUCGAUUUCUCCGAUUUGACGCAAAGCAAAGACGACGAAGGACGCUAUAUUAAAGGACGUUCGAGGCAAAUUAUUGUUAGAUUUAUCAAGUCGUAGUAUGCUGGGAAACGAACCGCUCUUGGAAGCCAUUCGAGUCGAGCACGAGCUCAAAUUGAAACGAGGUAUUUGGCCGAUGAAUCUGAUGUCGGAGUCAAGAGUUUGGCGUUUUCGGAUACCAGAAAUGAGAAAAGUUUCGUCUUUGGAUUUCCACAUUAAAAGAGUUGGUGUUCCAUCACGAGUCGCUGGCGUGGAUUAGUUUUUCGACGAUCUGUUCGAUCUGGUUUUUGGAUUAGAGGAGUCAAUGCAGUUGGAUCGCAUCAAGCAUUUGGGAGACGGCGAAGUUGGAAUCAGAUGGGAAGAAUACGAAAUUUUGGCCAAACAGUCGCUGCCGGUUCAAGGACAGAAUCAAUCGAAUGUCUCGAAACCUAAUCAAAUUGAAAUUCAUCGUUCUCUUCGUACGAAUCUUCGAAAGUUGGUUCAGCUCGACCGAGUCCUGGUAGCGAAGGAAAACUAUACGAAUUAGCAACGAAACGAAACGAAGGCGUAAGUUGGUACUUGUCGCUGCCAAUCAUAGUUUGGAUUUUAACGAUAAACUCAGCCUCUCGUCAGCCAUUCCAAACAUGCAGAAUUAUUGCAGACUAAUCAAACUGGUAAACUGGAUUCUGUCAGUAAAUUACUGAUUAUCGUUGCAACAACAGUUAUUUGCCGGAAAAUGGGACAGUGCUGACAAUAUUGAUAGUGGAACCACCUAUGUACCAUAUGUAUGUACAUCUAAAAAUGAUCGAUCUGAAAUCCGGUACCUAAAUAUCCAAAUAGAUGAAUGGAAUAGAAAAACCGAACCAAAACACGGGCGCAGGAGACCACCACACCACCAGCACCACCACCAACCAUUGCAUUGUACAGUACCACAACCUCCGGCGGCAUUGGCACCUUGGCGGACAAAUAGUUUUUAUUCUCAUAACAAGAAUGUUAUGAUUUCACCGCCACCUGUUUAACCAAUGGCCAGAAAGAUGUAGAAUCAAUGUCGUUUCAAUCAUAUUGAAUAUAGUUGGUUGAUCAUGAUGUUCUGGAGCCCACAAAAGAAGUACCUGCACGUGGAGUAGAAUUCUGAAAGUCACACAUCACAGUUUUUGGAAAAUGCGGUACCCGAAGUGGGAUGUUUGUUUGUAUUGGUGUUUAUAAGUACCAGAUGGAUGGUUGAGUCUGACACUUCCUGGGAUUCUAGUCCAGAAAAGACAUGUGGUAACAUGCAGCACAUUUUGUUCUAUUUUUUUCACACUAAAAUCCCAGGGUGUGUCCAAAUUAAUUGUCUGCGUGCUAGGAAGUUUUAAAUUUGCAUCCAUUUAUUUAGCAAUACUGGUAGGUACAUAUUAAUUGUACAUUUGAAUUUGAAAGUGUUUGAAAUUUGAAAAAAUGUAAAAUUCAGAUCUUUAUUUAUUAUUUUUACUCAUUAGAUUUCUGUUGAUAUUUAUAUUCAGAAUCCAAUUUUUAGAUUGAUUUUUUCAGGGUAUUUAUAUGUACUAUUAAUUAUUUAAGGUCGCUGAUGGCGAUUUCGAUUAUCUUCAUUUUUUAGAGGUAUGCUAGUUUUUAAGGUUGUUGGUUACGAAUUUCAUGUGAUUAUCAUGUUUCAAAAAGCUGUUUUAAAGUGAUGCACUGAUGCUCGAUGCUUGCUCUAUAGUAAAUUGCACUCCAUUAAAUAAGUAAUCAGUGAAAUGAC